AUAUUUUCAAUGAUUACUUUACACACAUUUAACCAAAAAUAUUUUUCUUACGGAAGAUUCCCCGAGUUUAUUAAGUUAAAACGUAUUUUGUUACUUGCAUAGUGUGUAACUGAAAAUUAUAUAAAUAAUAUAUAAUUACAUGAUUGGAUUAAAAUGACGAGAAAAAGUGUACAAGCAUAAAAUCAGUAAGGGUUUAAAAUACUCCUAUUUUUACCCGCUUAUUAAAUGUGUUUAUUAUGGCACUCCAGCUCCUGUCAGAGUUGUGUAUUAAACUCCACGUUAUUUUUGGUUAGAAAAACUAUUAUACAAUUUUAUAAUUAAUUUAUUUGAUUUGCAAAAAACUAUUACUUAAUUAGAUAAAAUCUAAUGACGUUUACCAGUAAGACGUCAAAGUAUUUUACACUGAGAUUAAAAUGUUGUUGUUCAACAUAGCAUGAACCACACCUAGUCAAAUUAUUUUUACUGUCCAGUUAAAUAUUAGUGAAUAGUAGAUUAUUGAGAAAUAACAAUACCAACAAUGGCUUCACGUGAACAAAUAUCAAUCGUUCAAUCAAAAUUUACCUCUGGUGAAACAGUGGUAAUUACGAUGGAAGCGUCAUUGAUGCAAGGAUGGGUUAAAGCUUCAAGACUUCUGGCUCUAGUCAACAAAGGACCUACUCACGCUUUAGUUAUUUUACUUACGUCUAGGAAUCCACCGCAAGUUUAUAGUGAUCUUACUAUUGAACGAGUGCUUCCAAUUGAUCAAGAAUUCAAAUGUGAUAUUGACACUGGAAGCCAACAGCAGGAAGGACUGGAUGUAUUUUUAAACGUGUCAUCAAGAAAACAGAGAUUAAUCUUUGAAUUGAAACCAGGAGUAGGAACCAGUGCAUUGGUUUCAGAAAUAUUUCGUGCUAUCGAAGUUUAUCAAAAAAAUAAAAAUUCGGCGGUUGAUUUCUUGUGGAUACAAAAAUUGACCGGUAGUACUCGAAGCUUAAACAGCGGUGCUGGUGAUUUACGCGAAAUGGCUGAUCCACUAGUAGAACUCGAGAGUCCAGAUUUGGUAGUUCCAAGACGAAACAUUGCUAGUGGUAAAACUCCAGUAGCAGCGAGGGAAUCGGUGGUGCGUUAUCAAAUGGCAUGCAAGGAAGAUGAUUACACGUACACUGAAACCUUGAGAAUUUUUAUUGGUACAUGGAAUGUUAAUGGACAAUCACCAAAUGAUGUUGCAUUAGAUGAAUGGCUGAGUAACGAUCAAGUACCACCAGAUAUUUAUGCUAUUGGCUUUCAAGAAUUAGAUUUAAGUAAAGAAGCUUUUUUAUUUAACGACACACCUCGUGAAGAAGAGUGGAGACAAAUUGUUACCAAAUCUUUACAUCCUAAAGGUGUUUAUAAACAAAUAGCAAUAGUACGCCUCGUCGGUAUGUUGCUAAUUAUUUUCGCUCAGGAAGCUCAAGUACCAUUUAUAAAAAGUAUUUCUGUUGAUACUGUUGGUACAGGCAUAAUGGGAAAAUUGGGUAAUAAAGGUGGAGUAGCAGUAAGUUGCUUGAUUCAUAAUACAUCUGUAUGUUUCGUAAAUGCUCAUUUAGCAGCUCAUUGCGAAGAAUAUGAACGGCGAAAUCAAGAUUAUGCUGACAUUUGUACCAGACUUUCAUUUUCAAAUCACGUUCCAGCGAAAAGUUUUAAAGAUCACGAUCAAAUUUACUGGUUGGGUGAUUUAAAUUACCGGAUAACGGAAAUGGAUGUUUUAACAGCUAAGCAAUAUAUAACUAUUGGAAAUUAUGCGCCAGUAUUGGCGUUAGAUCAAUUAGGACAGCAGCGUAAAUUAGGGAAAGUACUUCAAGGCUUUAAAGAAGCUGACAUAAAGUUUAAGCCUACUUAUAAGUAUGAUCCUGGUACCGAUAAUUGGGACUCGAGCGAAAAAGGUAGAGCGCCCGCAUGGUGCGAUCGUGUACUUUGGAAAGGUGAUGCCAUUACAUCCAUUGAAUAUCGUAGUCAUCCAGAAUUACGUAUUUCGGAUCACAAGCCAGUUAGUGCUAUUUUUGAUGCACAGAUACGUGUUAUUGAUAUGACAAAAUAUCGAAAAAUUCACGAAGAAGUUAUGAAAAAAUUAGAUAAAUUAGAAAAUGAAUUCUUGCCACAAGUUAUGGUUGAUACUACAGAAAUAAUAUUCGACGUUUUAAAAUUUCUUGAGCCGAGCAGCAAAGAACUUAUAAUUGCAAACACCGGACAAGUACCCGUACAGUUUGAGUUUAUUAAAAAAUUAGAUGAUACCAAUUAUUGUAAAGAUUGGUUACAUAUUGAGCCUUAUACUGGGUUUAUAAAGCCAGGUGAAAAAUGUGAUAUAAAGUUAGAAGUUUACGUUGACAAAAAAUCAGCAUGUAAAUUAAAUUCCGGUGAAGAUAAGCUUUAUGAUAUUUUAGUUUUGCAUCUUGAAGGUGGUAAAGAUAUUUUUAUCACUGUGACUGGUGUUUAUGAGCGAAGUUGCUUUGGUUCUUCCAUGGAAGCUUUGGUACACAUACCUGUGCCUAUCAGAGAAAUUCCUAUUGGCCGUAUAAUGGAAUUGGAGAAUAACAAAAAUCCAACUCAAGAACCAUACCCGGUGCCCAAAGAAGUCUGGUUACUUGUUGAUCGAUUAUAUCGGCAUGGUAUCAAAACGCCUGGAUUAUUUGAAACUCCAGGAUUGCACAGUGAAUUGAUUUUAAUUAGAGAUUGGUUGGAUAUCGGCAGUCAAGAUCCUAUGCCUGGAACUGUACACUCUGCAGCAGAGGCUUUAUUGUUACUUCUAGAAUCAACUGCUGAGCCUUUAGUACCAUACAAUUUACACAGCGUCUGUUUAUCGGCAGCUACGAAUUAUCUGCAGUGCAAACAAUUAGUUAUGCAAUUACCUGAAAUAAGAAGGACUGUAUUUCUAUAUAUUUCGGCCUUUUUGCAAGAACUUUUGAACCAUUCGCAGGACAAUGGAUUAGAUGCGAAAACUCUUGCCACGUUGUUUGGCUCAAUAUUUUUACGUGAUCCACCACGCAGUAGAGAAGACCGUAACCAGAGAAAUCGCCUUACUCAAGCAACAUUUGAUCGUAAAAAAGCCGCGUUUGUUUAUCAUUUUUUGGUAAAUGAUCAAAGUGAUUUUCUUGGACGAUAAAUUUUUCCAUAUUAUAAAUUUGCGUCGGAAUUUAUUAAUUGAAGUCAUUUUUGACGCAAAAAAUUACGAUAUUGAUUAUUUAAGUUGACUAGUGCCAGAGUUUGAAAACGAACCAAAUUUUUAAACAAAAUUAAUAGUUAAAGCUUAUAAUCAUGUGCAUUUUCAAAUGAAAGUAUGUAAUCUAAAGUUUAUACCUCAUUACUGCAUAAUAUUUAAGUACAUGCUUAGAUUAAAUCAUUCAAUAACUAGUAUAAUAAUAUAUAAAUAGCUAUUUAUGUAGAGCUUUGCAGUAAUGUUUUUCAUUUUUUGAUUGUUAAUUACUAAAUACCACAAACAGGAUUGUAAACUUUUUUGUUCUACUGCUUAACUUUAUUAGACUAAAAAUAAAGAAUCUCAAUCAAGUAGUAGGAUUUAAUUUCCGCAAUAAAUAAACAAUUAGCUUAGUAGUUUAU